GGAAGAAGAUAUAUUAAAGGGUGGGCAACGGCGCAGUGUCUGUCUGUCCUUUCCCGAUAAGCCCUGAAGAUGAAGAAACAAAGGAAACCCCUUUUCUCUCUUCACUCACUUUGAAACCUUAACCUCAACUCCCUUCUUUCUCUCCCUCCAAACUUCUCUGCACAUCGAUCUCAUACAUGUAAUAAGCUGAUCUGUGCAGCCAUAAUUGUCUUCUUGAAGGAGCUCAGGAUUAUAGAUCUGUGAGCUUUAGGGUUCUAACAUCAAAACUGCAAUUAUUUCUUCAGAAGAAACAAGAUCUGUGAGCGACAAUCAGAGAAACAAGCAAAAGAACCAAGAAAGAGAAACAAAAUUUAUGUCUUGCCUUGUUUACCAUCUGGGAGAUUGACACCUGUAUCAACAUCACAUUAGCAACCAUUGUUCAGAGCUGCAGAAUUUUCAGGCUUUGCUUUUGAAGGGCACUGCAAUGCAACUGCAAAAAGCUUUAACAAAGAGAGGAGGUGGGAUAAGCUUAGCUUCCUGACUUAGACCAUGAUAUAUCAAAGCGUAAAAAGGGGCCUUUUUAUCACUACACACACCCAAAGUACUUCUCAGUGUUUUCGUCAUCAAUGCAUAGGACACAGCAACCCCACCUGCACUACGCCUUUUCUACCAUCAUAAACUCUACUUUCUCUCUCUAAACCAAAAAAAGCCAUUUCUCUCUCUAUCUGUCAAAGUACAACGGAUAUUAAAGAAGAAAAAGGAUAGAAAACAAAGGCUAAAGGGUCUCCGUUUGAGUUUCUUUGGUUGAUAGAAAAAAAGGCAUGAAAGUGUUAUGGAGGUGGACGAGAUUCAAACACAACCGUGUAAGUUCCCAAGAAUCGGCAAUGGAAGAGUUGAUUCUAGCAAGAUAGGUCAAAAAGACCAAAACCUAGAUGAGGAGGAGGACGGAGAGCAGCAGUAUCAGCUACAGAGGGCUAGUACUGCUACAGUUGGUGGUCUAGGCGGUGAUGAUAAUAGAAGCAGUGGUGCAAAUCGGCUUCGGGGAUGGCAGCACUCAUCGCGGAUCAUUAGAGUCUCUCGAGCCUCCGGUGGCAAAGAUCGCCACAGCAAAGUUUGGACUUCGAAAGGGCUUCGAGACCGGAGAGUUCGACUGUCUGUUACCACUGCGAUUCAAUUCUACGAUCUACAAGAUCGGUUGGGCUAUGAUCAGCCAAGUAAAGCUGUUGAAUGGUUGAUCAAAGCUGCUGCCGAUUCGAUCUCAGAGCUCCCUUCUCUCAAUAGUUCUUUUCCUGAUACACCAAGGCAAUUGAGCGAUGAAAAGAGGGCAAGUGAAGGCACUGAUCAACAAGGGUUUGAUUCAGUUGAAUUAGAUGGUGAUCCAAAUUAUCAGCAGAAUCAGAGCCAGCAUCGUUCUUUAAGCAAAUCUGCCUGUAGCAGCAACUCCGAGACAAGCAAAGGCUCGGGUUUGUCUCUCUCAAGAUCUGAAAUUAGGGUGAAUAGAGUCAAAGGUGCUCGUGAACGAGCAAAGGAAAGAUCAGCUGCAAAGGAGAAAGUGAAGGAGAAUGAAUCUCGGAUUUUUACACAUCACCAUGUGAAUCCGAAUACCAUUUCGCAAAGUUCAUCCUUCACCGAGUUACUUACAGGUGGUAUUGGCAGUGUUAAUAAUAACAACAGUAGUCCUGCCCAUCAACACCCCAAUGGUGAACCUUUCUUUCCCAAGCCAACAACAGCAAGACAAUGGUCUGCAACCUCUAUGGACUACUUUAACACAGGGCUGAUAGGGCCAUCUUCUUCUCGUCCACAUAAUUUUUCUGGACAAAUUCAGGCUAUGUCUUUCCCAUCAUUUAGUUUAUCGAAUGAAAACCAUCAAGAAAUGCAGCAGCAAUUUCCAUUUUUUGCAGACCAUCUGAUCCCAGUCACAACAACCCAACCGGGGUCUGGGGGCGACUACAGUCUCAACUUCACAAUCUCUCCCGGCCUUGCUGGUUUCAAUAGGGGGACCCUUCAGUCCAAUUCGUCACCGUCUCUUUUGCCUCACAUUCAGAGGUUUGGUACUUCUCCUAUAGACGGAUCAAAUGUACCUUUCUUCAUUGGUACUACACCAUCACCUGUGGAGAAUCCUCAUCAACAUCACCAGUUCCCAGCUGCGUUUGAUGGCCGCUUGCACCUUUACUAUGGCGACGGAAGUAGGCAUUCAGACCACAAAGGCAAAGGCAAGAACUGAUGAUUUCUCUACAGCCAAAGUCUUCUUUCUGGAGAAGGAAGAUGGAGAAGAAGCAGCAGCAAGGCAUAUAUGAAUCCGUGCCUCCCGGCCAUUAUUAGUAUGCUCCUGGAAGGAACAAUUACUGUUUGUGGAUUAUCCGUUUUGAAAGUGAUUAAUGUGUAUGCGUGCAGAGCAUUGUGUGUGUUGAAACAUUUGGAGUGAAGCUAGUAGCUAUUCUUUUUUCCUUGGCUUGACAUACUUUCAAGCACCAGCCUUGGCCUUGUGAAUGAAUCAAUGAUGAAUUAUUAUUACUGUUUUUCAAGUCCUUAAAA